CUAUGUUCGAAGAGGCAAACAUGGAGGACCGACGCUGAAGAGUCAUGAGAACGCCGCAAAACUUUUUGGAUAGUGGAUGCAGGCUAGCCUGCGUCGUUUACUACUUGUGUAUUUUUCAGUUGUUUUGUACUUUCGUCGUUUAAACCACGGAAAGAAAAUGUUUGUAAUGCAGUAAAAGACUGGUCGUUGUUUUUGGAGAAAACGCAGGGGGUCUGGCGCUGGCGAUAUCCCCCUCAACCAUCCCAACGCUAUGCCGUGGGUAAGCAGCAACAAGCGAAGAGAAAGCUCGGAGCUGCCACUGCCCGCGGGCUGGGAGGAAGCACGGGAUUACGAUGGCAGAGUUUUUUACAUUGACCACAACACUCGACAAACUUCUUGGAUUGACCCAAGAGACAGGAUAACCAAGCCCCUGACCUUUGCUGACUGCGUGGGAGACGAGCUUCCCCUUGGCUGGGAGGUGGUGUUGGACCAGCAGGUGGGCGUCUACUACAUCGACCACAUCAACAAGACCACCCAGAUCGAGAACCCGCGGACGCAAUGGCGGCAGGAGCAGGAGCGCAUGCUGAAGGAGUACCUGGUGGUGGCACAGGAGGCGCUCAACGCCAAAAAGGAGAUGUACCUGGUCAAGCAGCAGCGGCUGGAGCUGGCCCAGCAGGAGAUGUUGCUCUUCCAUCAGCUCUCGCAGGACGACACGCGCUCAAUCACCAGCUCACACUCUGGCUCUUCUUCAAAUGCAAAAUAUGACCCUGACCAAAUAAAAGCGGAAAUUGCCUGUAGGCGGGAACGGCUCUCCAGACUCAAGCAGGAGCUGGCACAGGUGAAACAGGAGCUGCAGUACAAGGAAAUGGGAGUGGAGACCCUGCAAGAGAUUGACAGGAAGAUGUCCAGCAGUCAGACCAGCUACAAGCUGGACGAGGCCCAGGCCAUCUUUAACGAGCUGCGCAGCAUCAAGAAGGCAAUCAGCUCAGGCGAGAAGGAGAGGCAGGACCUCAUCCAGAGCCUGGCGAAGCUCACGGUGAACUUCCACAGCAGCUUGUCCAUUGGCGAUUCGGUAAAUGAGGUGGCCAACAGUGGCGCUCCCUUGGGUGACUCAUGCCAUCUGCAGCAGUACUGUGACACCGGCUGUCAGACUGAAUUCACAGGAGAGUUUGGCUCCCAAGAUUUCUCUCCAUUAGUGGACAAAGAGAGACUCAACUGGCAGUAUGAAGAAUCUAAGAAAAGAGUGUCCAGCAUCCAGCACCAGCUGGCCCAGCUGGACAGCGAGACCUGGUGCGGGCGGGCCGAGGCGGACCGGGACAGCCUGCAGCUGCUGCGCGAGAAGGAGGCCCUGCUGCAGGAGCUGACGCUGCUUAGCCAACAGCAGCGCCCCCCGGAGGCCUUCCUGCAGCUGGAGGAGGAGCGCCGGCGCCUGGAGGAGGAGGUGCAGAGGGCCCGCAGCCUGCAGAGCCAGGGAGCCAACCAGAGGAUUCUGCAGCAGGAGAAGAGGAAUGUGCUGCUUAGACAGCUCGAGGAGGCCACUCGCAUCACCACCUACCUCCACUCCCAGCUCAAGAGGUACUGGAGCCUCUCGUCAAGGCCACCAGUGGACACCACUCCAGCCACCACCACCUCCACCCAUUCAUACUGCACACUCACUCUGUCUGCCAGCAACCUGACCAUGUCGUCCAGCAGUAGCCGAGGCUCGCUGGCCUCCAGCCGGGGUUCCCUGGCGUCCAGCCGCGGCUCGCUCAGCUCCGUCAGCUUCACGGACAUCUACGGCCUGCCGCAAUAUGAGCGCGCCGAGGCCCCCACGCUGGACCCUUCUGACCCGCACCUGCGCUACCUGCUGCCCCUGGAGGCCCCCGUCGGGGUCAGCGGGAUGGGCAGCGGCUGCUACGGCUCGGACCUGCUGAGCCUGGGCAAGGCCAAGCGCUCUCACGACAACACGCCGCAGUCGCUGGCGUCGCUCUCAUCGCGCUCUUCGCUCUCCUCGCUGUCGCCACCCAGCUCGCCAAUGGAGUACCACUCGGCACCGCAGGACUGCCCGCUCGCCCAGAUGACCGAGGAGUACAUGGAGCUGGCGGGCCGAGGCAUCCUGGAGAGUCUCCGCGGCCAGGGCCAGGUGCCACUGCAGCCGCAGCAUCCUGCACUGCUGCCCACAGGGACGGCCGAGGCCGAGCUGGCCGCUGCUCACCUUCUGGAGGCCAAGGGGCUCCGAGAAGGAGGGCCUCAGGGGUCGUUUCCUCCGACAGGAGUGACCCUGCGAUGCAACAGCAGCAACAGGAACAGCAGGAGAGCCAGGAGGGCUUCAGCUGGGGUGUGCGAGGAGGCGCUGGCCACAGACAGUGGCGUGUUUGAGGCCUGGAGCAGAAGCAGAACGGAAGAAUCAGACGAGAUUGUGUACAGCCGGGAUUCUGUCACCACAGCUGAAGCGCCGCAGAUUCAAUUAGGACUUCUCUAUGAUGCGAGCUCGCAGUGUCUCGUGCUGCAUGUUCUGCAGAUGAGGAAUUUCAACAAAGUUGCCGUGAAGGAAGGCUACCGAGUCUAUGUGAAGGUGCACGUGCUGCCUGUGGACCCCAGCCGGCCGUAUCCCUACUACUGCUGUCGGCCCCAGGAGCCACGCUCGCCGCUCAGCUUCAACGAGGGCUUCCACGUGCCGCUGGCCGCAGACAGCCUGGCCUUGCUCAGCCUGCAGCUCAGCGUCUGCGCAGUGGGCAUGCAGGCGCAGGAGGAGCUGCUGGGCAUGGCUCGGGUGGCGCUAGCCGACUGCGAGAACAGUGCAGAGAUGGUAGUCACCUGGCACCGGAUCCAGCUCUCCGGCACCAAGGAGCUCCACCGUGCAGACGCGGUCAGCCACAGCGGUGGGACUGGGCACAGCGUGGAGGAAGAGGAGGAGGAGGAAGAGGAAGUGGAGAAGGCAGGCCAACGGCAUGCAGAAGAGCAAUCAAGGCUGAAGGUAUCAGGGUCAGCUCUAUUGGCUCGUGCCUCCACCCAGCUGGAGGAGGUGGAGAGAGAGCUGGACCUCAGCGAGGAGGAGCUGGAGAGGAAGGAGGAGCAGGGAGAGGCAGUGUCCGAGAGGAGCUGGCAGGCUGAGUCUGUGGACAGUGGCUGUAGCAACAGCACAGCGUUUGUGGCGCCCUGUGUGGAGGGGCUCUGUGCUGAGGGCAUCUGCAUGGCCAGCGGAGGGCGCUGUGUGCAGCCCACUGACAGAGGACUCGUCAGGGUGGAUAAGGCUACAAACACCGAGGUGGUCUUCCCUGAGCCAAUGAGGGUGCGGCCGAAGGAACGCGGGGGUCGUUGGGGACACGGCUCGCCUUUCAUGCGAGGCAGCGCCAUUGUUCGCUCGCAGACUUUCUCCCCAGGAGCACGCAGCCAGUAUGUGUGUAGGUUGUACCGAAGCGACAGCGACAGCUCUACACUACCAAAGAAGUCCCCCUUCAUCAGAAACACUCUAGAGAGAAGAACUCUGCGCUACAAACAGCAGUCGUACCGCUCGUCGCUGGCAGAGCCGCCCACGCGCACCUCCCUGGACCUGGAGCUGGACCUCCAGGCAUGCCGCACGCGCCAGCGGCAGCUGACCGAGGAGCUGAGCACGCUACGGGAGCUCAAGGUGCGGCUGGAGGAGCCACAGACACGCGACACCCCCGACACCCCGCCCCUCUGGGCCCUGCGUGACGAGCGCUUCCGGUGCCUGCUGCGCGAGGCCCACAGACAGGCCAAGCAAAGCCGGCAGGAGCAACGACAGGAGGAGGCGGCUGACCGGCGACUGAGGAAGGCCUCCAAAGAGGUGCUGCAGAUGCGGGGCCAGAGCCAGAAGGAGCCCUUGCCUGUUCAAACGUUCAGAGAGAAGAUGGCAUUCUUCACUAGACCAAGAUUCAACAUACCUCCUCUGCCAGCAGACGACGUAUGAGUGCAAGACUCUACACUACAUGAUCUAAUAUGAAGUAUCUGUCUAUUUUAUUUUUUUCUCUGUUCCUUAUUUUGUGUAUUUGUAUUCAAAAAGCCCAUGAAGUCAUAAGAACAAAUUGUAGUUAUUUCUGCAGAUUGAAAUCUAAAGAUGGAAUACAAAGUGAACAAAAGAGCUUUACCAAAAGGAGUGUUUGUGUGUGAGAGUGUGUGGGUGGGUAGUAACUAACACAGACACGCAUUCACACACACAUUUUUGUAAUUAUUGACAUGUAUUUUUGAGAGGGAAAAAGUGGGUCUACUUAUUUUAUAAGAGGAAAACAAAUCUUUUUACAUCUGUACGAUUUAACGAUUUACCCCAAAUGAAUCUCCUUUUUUUGUUUUGCUUUCGUAAGGCUGGAAGACGGGAACAAAGUCAGUUUAGACUAAUUCACUGUACUGUAACUUAUUUUAUAGUACUUUUCCUUGAAGGAAAUAAAAAUGCUACGCGCUUGUAGGUGUAUUUUAUAAAGCUUAAGACAAAUAGCACUUCAGUGUUGACGUACAGUAGAAUGAACCUUCCGGCUGAUUUUGUUUCUGUUACCUGACUCUUUAAAGUUAUUUGCAUAAAAUGUCACUUUUUUAAUCCACUUUUAUUACAGUUGUCAUUGUCUUCUGUGCUGUUAUUAUAUUAAAAUUAUUAAUAUUAA